AUGCCGAUGCCUACAAUCCUAAUGAGAGUAGUAUGGCGCACGUCGCACCACCAAAAUAUUUUCGGAUGGGCGUAUAUUAACGAGGCCGAAACCCAACAACAAAGAAGACUGAUGAGAUGGCGGUGUUUACCAACGGAGACAAACAAUGCAAUACCCCAAGCAGCGGUCCACAAGGACACCCCGGUAUCCGGCCAGGCUUUGUCUUCCGCUCAUAGCCACAGCUGCCAAUCUCCUUAUCGUCCACUUUCACCCUAG